AUGCGUGUUCUUAACUUAAGUUCCAACUCCAUUCGAGGAGAGCUCCUUCCUUCUAUUUGCAAUGCUAGCACACUUGAUAUUCUUAACUUGUCCCACAAUAACUUCACCGGCACCAUUCCACACUGUAUUGUCAGCUCUAACCUUACUCUUUUUGUGCUGGAUAUACAAAGUAAUAGUUUCUCUGGCAUUGUACUUGAAUCAUUUGAAGUGGGGAACAAUUUAAGAACCCUAAAUCUGAAUGGCGACUUUCUAGAAGGGUCAUUGCCUCGAUCUUUGGUCAAUUGCAUAAGGCUAAGAGUCUUGGAUCUUGGCAACAACAACAUAGAAGAUGUAUAUCCCCAUUGGCUAGAUGCUCUUGAAGAAUUGCAGGUACUUGUUCUUAGAGGGAAUAAAUUGCACCGUUUUAUCCCAUGUAGAAGCCAUGUCUUUCAUAUGUUAAGAGUACUUGACCUGUCCGGCAACAAUUUGAAAGGUUCUUUACGUGCAUCAUUCUUCAAAUCUUUCAAAGCUAUGAGAAGAUUGGAUGGAAAAACUCGCUUGCAGUACUUAAAAUCUAGCUAUGGUGGUGGCUUUUAUGAGGACUCCAUUGGGGUGACCUUGAAAGGAUCUGAAAUUCAUCUACAAAAGAUAUUGACUGUUUUUACAAGCAUUGGUUUAUCCGAUAACAUGUUUGAGGGAGAGAUUCCUCAAGUUAUUGGAGAGUUUCACAUGUUGAAGGGGCUCAGUUUCUCACAUAAUGGGCUCAACGGUGCAAUUCCUAUCUCAAUAGGAAAUUUGAGGAAGUUGGAAUGA